CUCCUCCUCCUCCUCCUCCUCCUCCUCGGCCGCAGCCACCGCCGCCGCCGCCUCCUCCUCCUCCUCCUCCUCGCACUCGCCCUCCGACCCGGGUCCUCCUGCAGCUCGCCGGCCUUGCUCCCUCCACGGCGAGUCCUGGUUCGCGGGGCGCGCGGUCCGCACGCACCCCGGCUCCCUGGGCCGCCUCUCCUCGCGGCCCGCCCUCGUCCCCGCUGCGGCCGCCGUCUGGGGAGGAGGAUUGAUGUCCCAUCAGCAUCAUGCAGCCGCCGCCGAGGAAGGUGAAGGUUACACAAGAACUGAAAAACAUUCAAGUUGAGCAGAUGACCAAACUUCAGGCCAAACAUCAAGCAGAAUGUGAUUUGCUUGAAGAUAUGAGGACAUUCAGUCAGAAGAAGGCUGCUAUUGAAAGAGAAUAUGCACAGGGUAUCCAGAAAUUGGCUAGUCAGUAUCUAAAGAGAGAUUGGCCUGGAAUGAAAGCUGAGGAACGGAAUGAUUACAGGAGCAUGUAUCCUGUUUGGAAGUCUUUCCUUGAGGGAACAAUGCAAGUAGCCCAGUCUCGGAUCAAUAUAUGUGAAAACUACAAAAACUUCAUUUCUGAGCCUGCAAGGACUGUGCGAAGCUUAAAAGAACAGCAGCUUAAAAGGUGUGUGGACCAGUUGACAAAGAUCCAAGCUGAGUUACAAGAGACGGUGAAAGAUUUAGCUAAAGGCAAAAAGAAGUACUUUGAGACCGAACAGAUGGCUCAUGCAGUACGAGAGAAAGCUGACAUUGAGUCAAAAUCUAAACUUAGUCUUUUUCAGUCAAGAAUCAGUUUACAGAAGGCAAGUGUAAAGUUAAAAGCCCGGAGAUCUGAGUGUAAUUCCAAAGCUACCCAUGCGAGGAAUGAUUAUCUUCUUACGUUAGCAGCAGCGAAUGCACACCAGGAUCGCUACUAUCAGACAGAUCUAGUUAACAUCAUGAAGGUUCUUGAUGGGAAUGUAUAUGAUCACCUCAAGGAUUACUUAAUAGCCUUCACCCGUACUGAGCUGGAGACAUGCCAGGCUGUGCAGAACACAUUCCAGUUUCUAUUAGAAACCUCCAGCAAAGUGGUCCGGGACUACAAUCUCCAGUUGUUUUUACAAGAGAAUGCUGUAUUUCAUAAACCCCAGCCCUUCCAGUUCCAGCCUUGUGACAGUGAUACUAGUUUAAAAGCUGCCCAACUGGUGGAUAUUGAGCUCUCCCCUGUCAGUGCUCUGAGAAUGACCAUAGCUGAGAGCCGACAGCUAGAAUCUGAGACCGGGACCACCGAGGAGCACAGUCUAAACAAGGAGGCUCGGAAAUGGGCCACACGGGUUGCACGUGAGCACAAAAACAUUGUCCACCAACAACGGGUUCUAGAUGAUCUGGAAUGUCACGGAGCUGCAGUAUCAGAUCAAAGCCGAGCCGAAUUGGAACAGAAGAUCGAUGAAGCCAGAGAAAAUAUCCGCAAAGCAGAGAUAAUUAAGUUGAAAGCAGAAGCCCGGCUGGACCUGCUAAAACAGAUCGGCGUUUCUGUGGACACAUGGCUGAAGAGUGCAAUGAACCAAGUGAUGGAGGAACUGGAGAACGAGCGAUGGGCACGCCUCCCUGCGGUGACCAACAAUGGCACUUUACACUCGGUUCACGCCGACGCCGAGAGGGAAGAGGGCGAGGAGCUGGAAGACAGCAUGGACGUGUUUGAUGACAGCAGCUCCAGCCCAUCCGGCACCUUACGGAGUUACCCGCUCACCUGCAAGGUCGUCUACUCCUACAAGGCUUCUCAGCCCGACGAAUUGACCAUUGAGGAACACGAGGUGCUGGAAGUGAUUGAAGAUGGCGAUAUGGAAGACUGGGUAAAGGCUCGAAACAAGGUCGGCCAAGUGGGCUAUGUGCCGGAAAAGUACCUGCAGUUCCCCACCUCGAACAGCCUCCUGAGCAUGCUGCAGUCCCUGGCCGCCCUGGACAGCCGCUCACACACCUCCAGCAACUCCACCGAGGCCGAGCUCGUGUCCGGCAGCCUCAACGGAGAUGCCAGCGCCUGUUUUGUGAAAGCACUUUAUGACUACGAGGGCCAGACCGACGACGAAUUAUCUUUUCCUGAGGGAGCCAUCAUUCGAAUCCUGAACAAAGAAAACCAGGACGACGACGGCUUCUGGGAAGGAGAGUUCAGCGGGCGGGUUGGCGUCUUCCCUUCGGUGCUAGUGGAAGAGCUGUCGGCCCCGGAAAACGGGGAUGCCCCGUGGGCACGAGAGACCCAGGUCUCGCCUUCUCCCAAGCCGGCCAGCGCCCUGCAGCCACUGCCACUGUAUGAUCAGCCGCCCAGCAGCCCCUACCCCAGCCCGGACAAGAGGGGCUCCCAGCUCUUCCCCCGCUCCCCCUCAGCCAGCGAAAACAGUUUCCACGCCGAGUCGCCAGGAUUCUCCCAGGCCCCGCGGCACACGCCUGACGCCUCCUACGGCAAACUGCGACCUGUCCGGGCAGCUCCCCCGCCACCCACGCAGAGCCAACGCAGGCCCGCCGAGAAGCUGGAAGACGUGGAGAUCACGCUGGUGUGAUGCCACCGCGCGCCCGUUCCACGAUCGCUACAAUCAGGGCCAGGCUCGGCGGAGUGUGGCCGCGCUCGCGUUCUCUUUCGGCACCUUUGCAUGAUGCUGCCUCUUGACUGGAGCAAGAGCCACGA